AUGACCAUCGCCAACCUCCUCGUAUCCCUGAACGACAAGGUCCAAGAGAACAAGGGCCAGUCUGUUCUCCUCACGCUUGUCAUUGCUCCGUUGAUAUACCUCUUUAUUAACGAGCUUGUCCGACACAAUGCACGCAUCAGCAAUCUCCAAGGACCCUCCGGGCUUCCAUUGAUCGGGAAUAUCUGGGAUAUCCAUAUCAACGCGGCUGAAAAGUAUCGCGAAUGGUCUAGAAAGUAUGGCAAGGUGUAUCAGAUCCAGCUUGGCAAUAUCCCCAUUGUCGUUGUCAACUCGGCCAGCGCUGCUAGGACCAUUUUUGGAGCCAACGCCCAGGCCCUGAGCUCACGUCCCGAGUUCUAUACUUUCCACAAGGUCCUCUCUGACACGGCUGGAACCACAAUCGGCACCUCGCCAUACAGUGACUCCCUCAAGCGUCGCCGCAAGGGCGCCGCUUCUGCCCUCAACCGACCAUCUGUGGCCACCUACGUCGAUCACCUCGACAUCGAGACUCGAGACUUUAUCAAGGAGCUCUGCAACUAUGGAGAGGCUGGCAAGGUCCCUGUCGACCCGAUGCCCAUGAUCCAACGCCUCUCGCUCUCCCUCGCUUUGACACUCAACUGGGGCAUUCGACUCAAGAGCCAAGAGGAUGACCUCUUUAACGAGAUCACCCACGUUGAGGAGGAGAUCAGCCGCUUCAGAUCGACAACUGGAAACCUGCAAGACUACAUCCCUCUCCUCCGUCUGAAUCCUCUCAACCUGUCAUCCUCCAAGGCCCGCUCCAUGCGUGACAGACGCGACAAGUACCUCGGAGAUCUCAACCGCGGCCUCGAUGAGCGAAUCGCCAACGGGACUUACAAGCCGUGCAUUCAAGCCAAUGUCAUUAUGGACAAGGAGGCCAAGCUCAACAAGGACGAACUCACCUCCAUCAGUUUGACCAUGCUCUCUGGCGGUCUCGACACCAUUACCACGCAGGUGGCCUGGUCCAUCGCCUACUUUGCCCAGCACCCUGAAAUCCAGGAGAAGGCCAAGUCAGAGAUUGAAAAGUUCUACGCGACGAACCAGCCCAUGUGUGAUGAGGACGAUGAUCAGAAGUGCCAGUACAUCGUUGCCCUCGUGCGAGAGUCUCUGCGAUACUUUACUGUGCUUCGACUUGCUCUGCCUCGCGCCUCUAUCAAGGACGUCGUCUACAACGGAGUAACCAUUCCCAAGGGAACUGUUGUCUUUUUGAACGCCUGGGCUUGCAACAUGGACGAACAAGUCUGGACCGAUCCCGAGGUCUUCCGACCGGAGCGCUGGCUAGAGCAGCCCGAUGCCCCCUUGUUCACCUACGGCGUGGGCUAUCGCAUGUGCGCUGGAUCCCUGCUUGCCAACCGAGAGCUCUAUCUCUUGUAUAUGAGACUUCUCAACAGCUUCAAGAUUGAGAAGCACGACGACAUCGAUUGCGAUCCCAUCACUGGCAACUUGGACCCUACAAGUCUGGUGGCCAUGCCUCGCCGCUACAAGGCCGUUUUCACACCACGGGACCCCAAGGCCUUGAAGGCAGCUUUGGCACAGCAGGUGGAGUAG